AUGCUUUGUGCUAUCUCUGGAGAGGCACCUCAAGUGCCCGUCGUCUCUCCCAAGAGCGGCAGUGUGUUCGAAAAGCGCCUCAUUGAGGCAUACAUUGCCGAGCAUGGCAAAGAUCCCGUGAACGGCGAAGAGCUUAGUACCGAGGACCUGAUCGAUGUCAAGUCGCAGCGCGUCGUUCGCCCCCGACCUCCAACUCUCACAUCCAUCCCGUCACUUCUCGGUGUGUUCCAAGAAGAAUGGGACGCCCUUGCCUUGGAAACAUAUACUUUGCAGCAGAACCUGGCACAGACGAGGCGCGAGUUGAGCUCAGCCCUCUACCAACACGAUGCCGCGGUGCGUGUCAUCGCGCGCCUGACCCAGGAGAGAGAUGAGGCUCGCGAGGCGCUCUCGAAUGUGUCUGUUGGUGCCACCCGUGCGGGUGGUGAGGCUAUGCAGGUGGACUCCGCAGGCUUGCCCCAGGCGGUCCUGGAGCGAAUUGAAAACACACAGGCAGCACUUUCAAAGACCCGCCGCAAGCGCCCAAUCCCCGAGAACUGGGCCUCAAGUGAGGCAAUCUCUUCAUACAAACCGACUGAGACCUCUGAGGCUCUAUACCCCGGUGGCCGUGCUCUCUCUGUCAACUCGACCGGUGAAUUGGCUCUUGUUGGCGGUCUUGAUGGUGUGGUUGGCGUCUACUCUCUCGCCCAAAAGAGUGUUGUCCAGACUUUGAGCACAGAUGGACCUGUCACUGAUGCCAAAUGGGCAGGCGAGAAGGCCGUUGUUGGCUCAGCCACAGGCUCUAUCAAGGUGUUCGAAAAUGGCGCUGAGGUUGCAAGCUUCAAGGCGCACGCCGGCGAAGUUACCGCUGUGGCUGUGCACGCUACUGGUGACAUUGUCGCUUCUGUUGGUGUCGACAAGAGUUACGUACUUUACGAUCUUGCUACAAACACUGUUGCAUCCCAGAUCUUCACUAGCGCAGCUCUCUUGUCUGUCAACUUCCACCCCGAUGGUCACUUGAUUGCGGCCGGUGGUGCCGAUUCACAAGUCAAGAUCUUUGAUGUCAAGAGCGGUGAUGCUGCUGCGGACUACGCCAUGUCAGGCCCCGUUAAAUGUUUGUUCUUCUCCGAGAACGGUACUUUCCUGGCCGCCGUGGCCGAUCAGUCUACCACUGUCUCUAUCUGGGAUCUCCGCAGCUCCAAGGAAACCAAGGUUCUGGAUACCGGCAGCCAGGUCAACUCUAUCUUCUGGGACUAUACUGGACAGUUCCUCUUGACCGGUGGACCGGGCGGAGUGACUGUGCAGCAAUUCUCCAAGGCCGCAAAGGCAUGGUCAGAGCCACUGCGCAGCGCAGUGCCCGCCACCUCUGUGGCUUGGGGAUCGGAUGCUCAAAGCAUUGUGGCACUGAACGAGGCGGGUGUUGUCACAGUCCUGACAGCACAGUCAUGA